AUGUUCCGUCUUACUCGUUUCUCAGCAUACAUACGGACUCUUUCUCUCAAGCCAUCACCGCAAUGCCGACGGCUAUCUACAUCGGCUCCGCCUGAAGGGAAACAGGGAAUACAUGAAACCACACCCGACGAGCCCUCUGUAGAAGGUGUUACAGCGGACGUCAAAUCGCCCGGCGCAUCGAGCCAAAAUAAAUGGUGGUUAUCUGCUGCCGACGAAAUAUCCCUCAAACAUGCCGAUUUACUUAAAGCGUUUGGGCUGGCUUCAAUACCUGAGUCGGAUGACACGGGUGUGGAAAUAAACAAGCUCGGUCAAAUAUGUAUCACGAAUGAGAAACUAAGUCAACAGAAGCAUAAAACGGCUCUUGUGCUAUCUCGCGCCCCGGCUUGUCUUGAUGAACGUGACUUCGUGUCAAUAUUGGGACCGGGGAAAUAUCUUCGUCAAUGGAGAGCUGCCAGAGGCCUUGAGAAAAGUGGGACUUCCUCUCUAUCGUUUGUGAACGAGAGUUCAUGGGAUGUAUUUCCUAUCAAGAAAGUAAUCCCCAUGCGCUUUCAAGAUACCCUACGGCGCUCGAACACAUGGAUCCUGAUAUUUUCCAGCCCCGCCUCCGCAAAGGAAUUCCAGGAUAAAGUCCACCGCCUCCACAAAUUUGCCCGAGACAAUCUCCCCACCUUCCCCUUAACUAAAAUUGUUCCACCACCCAACUUCAUCGCUGGCGGUGCACAUCAGUAUCGCUUAAGCGAUUACACACUCACAGCACCAUGGCUGCGACUUUCCCUAGUUGCCCACCUAGCACCCUUCAAUCACAAAAUCCAAGACGCGAUCGAUCUUCAUAAAAGCCUGGCAUCCAAGCAGAUCGAUGGCAAAGCAGGUUUCCCGGUUCGCCUGUGGCUCGAGAACCAGUACCUCUUCACUCUGAAGAAGGAAUACGUCCGUCGAUUGCUUAUGUGGGAUGGGCAGAAUAGGCGGACGCCAUGGCAACUGAUUGAAGAUAAGGAUACGAUUACCUCGCUGUCCGGCCCGUUGUCAAACGAGAUGUUAACCCCGGAUGAGGACGAUGUUUUGGGGAGGGGGGGGAAUUGGCGCAUUGCGUUCCAGAGCGCGGCUGAGGCUAAGAGGUUUGUCCGCACGUGGCAUAGGAGUGUGUUCCCUAGGCUGGAUUCGUUGUCAAAUUAUCCGGAUCCACCGCCUAUAAUCAAGGCUGAGUGUUUAUUUGAAGGCGAUAUAUUUUGA